UCAAUGCUGUAUUUUAGUCUUUCAACAACACUUGUCGUGGAAACACCUUUGAAGAUUUGUACUGUUUUGCUCCCAUAUAUGUAUCCGCGUGUACGCCGCCACUAUCAAAAACAGUGAAAAUACUAAACACUUGAACCAGAGAUCAGACACCUCAACCCCGCGUUCCCCUCUCCCAUGUGCGACGAUUUAUGUUACGUUACGAAAAAUUCGAUCGAAUAUAGAAUAAUUUCGAGGAAAAGUUCAAUUUGCUCGAUUUCGUUUUUUGGACUGUGUUGUUAUAAUUGUUUGGGACGAGGAAAGGCAAGGGAAAAGUGAAGCUAAUCUGUGUUGAAUGGAUGUUUAAUAAUUGGUGUGAGCUGGAGAUCGUUACCAGUGAGUUGCGGUGAACAUUUGAAGCUGGUUUUUGAUUGGCGAUUGACGCAGACAGAUCGAGGAGGCAAGUGUGCAUGUUUGCAGAGAUUGAUACCCACUGCAGGGGGUUAAGCAGCUGAUUGGCAGAAAUUGGAAAAUCGAAGCGUUUGGCCACCCUUUAGAAUCCUGUUUUUCGGAAAGCUAGGUCCUUCAUGUGGAAUAAUUCUGAAAGUGGCAGUAGCUGAGUUUUCCGAAUAAGAACAGAUCGCUGAAUUGAAAAGAGAGAAGAAAUUGAACCAAAAUCAACCUUCCAAAGUUACUAACUUAAUGAAAUCGACAUCACAAAAAUACCAGUGCCUUAAGUGAGUGAUAGACAAAAGCAAAUUAAAAUCACAUUAAAUUUAGUUGAACUGACAGAAAAAAACUUCGUGUGUGUUUGCAACAAUUUCGACUGAAAAGAGAGAAUAAAAGUCAACGGACGCCGAAGAAAAACUUUUUAGAGUCAUUUCACUCUAAUCAACGAUAAUUCAAAUCAAUUGUUAGUUGCAACAGUGCAUGCAAGAAGAAAUUGUGUACAGUAGGAGAAGUAUAUAGUGGAACUCGAAACUUGAAAGGAGGAAAAACUGAGGCACUGAACCGAAUUUGCUUCUCCUCCUUCCGCCAAAACCAUUUCUUCUCCGUCUUUCGGACAGUACCCGCGCACGUGUGUGGUGCAGAAAAAAAGUAAGUGUAAUUGUGAAAGUACCCUAAACCGAGCAUCACGACGACGAACCACGGGAAAGACUUUGACGAAUGUAGAAGAGUGCGAAACGAAAAGAAAAAGCAAACAACACGCAAGCAGUAACAACAACAAAAAACGACUACGACCACUCCAUCGCAACAACAGCCGCAGCACUAUUGGUGAAUGAAUCCAGCCAAGAGGAAAAAAUCAUCGGUGCAAAGAAAGCAGAAGAAGGAAAACGGAAAAAUAGUGUUUAAAGUCGUAGCGAAUUUGAUGCAUGGAAAACGUCUAUAACAGUAUUGGAGAAUAGUUUCGUGCGAGAGCGAAAUUGGAAAAAUUAAUUCACCCACCCCAGUGAUAAUCGGCUGUGCAGAAAUAUUUAAUUUAUUUCUACGUUGUUAAUUUUAAAAUUCAUUUGGAACAAAACGGAGAAGGUUGAUAAACCACAUAUACACAAGAAAGCAGAAACAACGGAACCACUGCAUAAGUAGAUAUCUAUACUUUUACUCCGAAAUAAACGAAGCCAUAUUAGAUAGCUAACCUUACGAUAUAGCAAUCAAAAAACUAGAGUAUAUACGUAUCAGAGCUGCACUGCAGCCCAACAAGGUGUUUGCUCGGAAAGAAUAGCAAGCAAGCAAGCAAGCAGAAACAUGUCUUCAGUAAGUACCCCGACUGGUGAAUCAGUACCGCUGGUCACCCCACCGCCGUCAGUUGCCAAUAAGACGGAAACGGAGGAGGGAGAGGCGCCAGCAGUCACGGCUGUGGAGCCAACCAGCGUGGCAAAUAGCAGUGGUAAUGCAAGAAUUGUUGAAAAGGUGGAAACCGCCACUAUGACUGAUAUGCUUCCUAUGGAAAAAGAAGAAAGUGAAAGUGCUGCUCAGAGUGGCAAACCCGCCAAUGCUGCGAACAUUGACGGGGAGGAAGCAAAGAAAUGCACCGAAAAACCCCAGCCAUCUAUCGAAGUUAAGAGCACAGCUCCAAUGACGAUCGCAGAGAAGAGUGAGACGAUUAUCAAAGAAACAAUUCAGGAUGCCCUUGAGGCUCUAGAACUAGACGAUACUGUCGAUGCGGAAGAGCCUGACACGCUGUCACCUCUGAUGACUGAUAAUCACACUUUCUUGCAGCAUCAGGAGCUGUUGCGGGAUGAUCCUACAUCUCAGCAUCACUACCACCAUCAUCAUCACCAUCACGGACACGAUGAGAUUCAUGAUUAUGAUCUGGAUGAUGACGAGGAAGAGGAUGAUGAACUAUACUUGGAGGAGAAUGAUCAUCUGGGACAGGCCCCACCACCAUCUAAAAUGUCCCAUUCGGACACAAAGGACUCGAUUAGUUCUAUUGACAGCGACGUAUCAUUGUCGUUCGAUAGAAGAAAUUCGACAGAAUCCCAAAAUCCUCCAGAGGAUGCUGGGGCUGGUUCCUCUGAUGAUGCAGCAAAGGACUCUGGCUGCGACGUUGCCAAGAAACUGGACGAAAAUGCACCUAACGAAGAUGAAGCAUUUGAAGUUCCUGACGAUGAAAUGUGCGAAAAGAUUAUUGAGCAAGUGGAGUUCUAUUUCUCCAACGACAACAUCCUGAAAGACGCCUUUUUGUUGAAACAUGUUCGUCGUAACAAAGAAGGAUUCGUUAGCUUGAAACUUGUUUCCAGCUUCAAACGUGUGCGCCAACUGACAAAAGACUGGCGAGUCGUUGGAGAUGCCAUCAAACGCAAAAGCGUCAAAAUUGAGCUGAAUGAUUUGGGAACGAAAAUCCGAAGACUGGAGCCACUUCCGGUGUAUGAUGAAACAACUCCGUCACGCACGGUCGUUGCCACCGGAUUGCCAUAUGAUAAAUACACGGUGGAGAAGGUUUCAGAACUUUUCUCCAAAUGUGGUGAAAUUUCGUUGAUUCGGGUUCUUCGUCCAAACGGCCCUAUUCCAGCUGAUGUACGUCAGUUCAUCAACAAGCACCCAGAACUCCAGAAGAAUGAAUGUGCUCUGAUUGAGUUCACUGAAUCCUCGUCAGCUCGUCGAGCUCAGAACAUGGAUGAAUUCGUAGUCCUUGAACUAGUCGCCCCUAAGAAAAAGACUGGCAAAAAGGCCAACGUAACCAAAUUCGUCGAAAAUUACAAGUACGUUGCUGGUCACGACAUUGAGCGUAGCCGUGGAGGUGAAACGUUCGAUCACUCCAGAAUGCGACGUGGAUCAGGAGGUUUCUAUCCUAAGUCAGGAAUGGAGCAAUUCUAUCAACAGAUGGUCUCGCAACCACCACCACCGAUGCACCAUGAGCAACUACCCAUGCAGCCUCAGAUGAUUCCGAUGCCACCACAGCAGCAAAUGCAGCAGCCGCCAAUGUUCAUGCCGCAAUCGCCCCAACAGAGAAAGUAUUCGUACGGAAAUGAAAACUACGACUAUUGCAAUCGCCGCCCUAGUGCGUUUUCCAUGGGCAGUAAUGAUCCAUCCCGCAAGUAUUCCAGCUGCUCGGAGGGAUAUUCUAGCUGUGGUGAAAUGUCCAGGCGAACUUCUCAAUGUUCGUCUAUGGGAGACAGCAUGUCCAGACGUACAUCACAAUGCUCCGAAGUGCCAUCGCGAAGAACAUCUAACUGUUCCGAGUACUGCUCAUGUUCGCGUCGUAUGUCUCAAAAUUCGGAUGUCUAUCGCCGUAUGCCACAGUGUGAAUACAACAAUCGCAAAUUUUCGGUGGGUUCUAACAUGGAUCGUAAGUUUGCAAAUUCUCCAGAAAUGGGCAUGCCUCAACAGCGUCGCAUUUCGAUGGAAUCCAACUAUGACCGGAAGUUCUCCAGCGGAUCGAUGGGCUACGAAAGUCCCAACUUUUCUCCCCGGAAAUUUUCCAACGGUUUUGACCCACUGAGGAAGCUGUCCAACACUUCCGACUACUACAACGGUCGUCGUAUUUCCACCGAUUCAGGCUACGAUCGUCGUAUCUCGAUCGAUUCGGAAUACUCGGCUGGUGGACCACGAUCCCGUUCGAAUAGCGCCGUACAGAUGCAGUGCCAGCAGCAUGGACAAAAUACCGAAACUGUAGUGCGCACCCCGAUUGGACCAGACGGCAGCAGAGGUUUCGGUUCGCGAACUCGCCGCGUUGGACAGAUUAUUCCUCCAGCGCAGUAGGACGAGCCCGGGCCAGGGUGGUGGUAACAGGUGAGAACGACGCAGAAAUAGCGAUAGAUUGAUCCCGUCCCACGCUGCAUAGCACGCAAGAGACGAAUAAGGUUCGGUUAGGUCACAUUUUGCUUCUAAUUUAAGAGUAUUUCGUCCUUAAGUAUUUUGCUUUUAUACAUAUACACAAAAUUGUGCGAUCGCGAAUGAAUGAAGAGCUCUCCCACAUAGAACCCGGGCUGCACGAUGAGACGGAUAGACAGACCCGCAGCGUGGUUCAAAACUUUCGCUACCCGUACCCCGUUUUUUCUCACGAUCCCCCCGCGCCUACAAUUUUGUAGAUCUACUUGGUCGUUUACCGAAACGCUGCAAUUGCAGUGCAUCACCUAGCCGUGCAGAAGAAUGAGGAAGAGCAGCGGCCACGGUGAGCGGUGAUCGUGAAUCGUUGCGCAAAGCCAACAAUCGGGUGCAUACUCUUCUGUACCGCUACCUACACACACACGCGCGCGCACACAGGUUCAGUGAAACGCAUAGUUACAGAUAGGGGUAUGUCAGUUUGUCAUUGACGUAGGUUCACGGGCGUAGCCAGGAUUUUCAUGAAACGCGACACUAUAAAGAACUGGAAAAAAGUUACAUUCUACUACAGUUAACAAAUUAAGGUUCAUAAUGCGAUUUUGUUCAAUUCAUAGACCGGACAACAGGUUCUGUUAACGAUUUUGAGCGAAUCAACCUAAGGAAGACAUUUCUCCAGGUUUCUAUCCAAUAAUAACUUUGGAAUGCAAGCAGGCAAUCCGCAGUCGAAUUUUAAUGCCAUACCACAGCAACUUUAUGCUGAAAUUGCAAUAAAACCCGACAAGUUCAAUUGAAGAAUGAUCAUAGGAAACGCUACAGAGUUGUUCCUAGUUUGUUCCUAGCUCUUAAAAAAUGCCAUCCAAGAAAUGUAUGUCCCCUAAUGACCCCUCCACUUACCCCUAUGCGCAACUUAAGCCCUCGCGGUUAGGUCUGCAGAUAAAAACGUGCUCUCGGCGUCGGCGCUAGCUGUCUGGUAUUGAGUCGAUUCACACCGACGACGACGAGAAAAUGCUAGCGAAGAGCUAAAACGGAAUGAGUGAGCAACGCAAAGCCCGACGCGGAGGAGGCAGACUGCCUGGCGUGGCACGUGAGCUAAGCCAAGCGCCUCUACUCAAGAGCAAAGAGAAAGAGAACUGUGCAGGUCGAGGUUGGGUUGCUUUGCGAUCUUCGCAGACUAGGUACAGUGUUGGACAAUACAUAUGCAGGUUUUCGAUUUUUCAUACAAAAUGAUCAGCUUUGGUAGGCUAGAUCUAAGUAUUUUUUGGAUCGAUUUAACUGAAAUUU